AUGACAUCACGUCGUGUUAUUCAUAAAGAAUCAAGACAAUGCUCACAAAUUCGUCCUUUUCUGUAUGUUGGAGGAUUGGCAGGCUUAUCUCCUCGAGUUCUCUCCAAAUUCAGCUGCACUAUAAACCUCAUUCCUGGUUUUCGUCUUUCUUCUCCUCCACACAUGCGUGUAGUGCACAUACCAUUGAUGGAUGAAGAGGGAACAGAAUUGGGACCAUUCUGGACAACAGUGUUUAAGGAAAUAGAUGAUGCGCGUAAAACUGCAGGAAGAUGUCUUCUAUUAUGUGCCAUGGGAAUAUCACGUUCAGCCACAUUUGCCAUAGCAUAUCUGAUGUGCAUAGAGAAAAUGAGUUUACAUGAUGCUUACAAACAUGUUCAACUUUGUCGAAACAUAAUUUGUCCGAAUAUUGGCUUUUUUCAACAGAUGAUUGAUUUGGAGACCAAGAUUCGAGGAAAAGCUUCAGUCUCUGUUAUUGAACCAAUUGCCGGCGUCAAAGUAGCGGAUGUCGUUUGGAAUGAGCUUUAUGAGGAAAUGAUGACCAAAAUGAAUGAGUCGGAUAGACAUUCAUUGCGAUCUCUCAACAUGAACGUUACGAACGGUUGCACUGACACUCGCUCCUUACGAUCUCUUAACAUGAUAGAUGAAUCGAGAGUUGAUGAUACAUCGAGAUCAUUGGCAUCAUUUCGGCUGAACGAUAACAUAGUCGCAACGUCCGCAUCAGGUUCUUCUAUAGCUGUUGCAAAGGAGGAACCUAAGCUACCUAAAAGUGCUCUUCGUGACAAAAGCAGGGAACGAAAGAAGAAAUGGAGAAUUUCAUUCAUUAAAGACUCCUAG